GGAAUUGGCUCGACAGCUCUCCUCCGGCUGCCGGUUCCUCCUCAAGUUGCCGGCAAUCCCCCCCAAGUCCCCCAAGUCGCGCGAUUGUUGGCACCACUCAACCGCAAUCAACCGCCAAACAUCGUUGCAACUGACCCAGAUCUCCAUCUCUCUCCGCCCCGUCUGGUCUGGGUUGGGCAACCGACUCUCUCUCUCUCUCUCUCUCUCUCUCUCUCUCUCUCUGACUCUCUCAAACACAUACGAUAGACAAUGUCCUCCACUACAGCUAUCCGACUAGCUGCGCGCCCUUCCUCUUGGAGGGGCACCAGCGCAUUGUCAUCCGGUCGUCCUCUCUCCCAACUCGCUUCCCUACCACGAAGAUCGAUAAACCCCUCGAUAAGCGGUAUGCGCCAGGGCACGCUUCGCCUAUCCAUCCACGACGGCCGUCUGUUCUUCUCGACCCAACCUCCCAAAGACUCCCCCGAGAAUAGGAACAAUAAGGAGACCGAAUCCUCCAAUGUCAUCUUCAUGCCACCACCUCCCCCGGCGCAGACCGAGGCCCCGUCGUCAGGGUCAGCCAAAGAAGACACCACCGAUGCCACCAACAAGUCCGAAACAGAAACACCCACAGCUGCUUCCGAGUCCGAAACCUCCAAGUCUUCCGAGUCCGACGUGUCCAGCGCUUCCACCAGCGACAGCGCCAACUCGUCCGAGACUACUACUACAUCAGAGGCCACCACAGAAAACGGCAACAAUGACACAGCCCAACCCGAGCUCCCCUCCCGUACCGAAGCCCACCGCGCCCGCCUCUCCGCCCGCUUCUCCACCAUAAUGGACAACUUCCAGACCCGUCUCCUAACCGCCACCCAAACCCUCAACGAUCUCACGGGGUACUCAGCCAUUGAGCAAAUCAAGCGGAAGAACGCCGAGCUCGAAGUCGCCCACGGGCAGGCUCAGUCUCGCUUGCGCGACGCCCGACACAAUUACAAGAGCUUGACCAUGCAUCGCGCAUCGACGCAGCGCGAGGUGACCACUCUUUUGGCUCGGAAGGAUACGUGGAACCCACUCGACCUGGAACGCUUCACGAGCCUGUACCGCCUCGACCACGAGCUGGAAGCGCAAGUGGCACAAGCAGCGCAGGAGUUGACCGAAGCCGAAACCGAAGAGUCGCGGUUGUCCGCCGACUUGAACGCCGGGAUACUCAAGCGGUACCACGAGGAACAGAUCUGGAGCGAUCGAAUCAGGCGGCAGUCGACGUGGGGCACGUGGGGACUGAUGGGGGUCAACGUUUUGCUUUUCCUGGUGCUGCAGUUCGUUGCCGAGCCGUGGCGAAGGAAGAGGUUGAUGAAGGGCAUUGCCGAGAACGAAAAAGGGGUGAUUGACGAGGUCAGACAUGAGUUGGGCCAAGUAAGGCAGGCGCUGGAGGCGAGUGGGUUGAGAGAGACGGCGCAUUUGGCGAGGUUGAUGGAGCAGGAGAGGGAGAUUCAGGCGUUGGCAUCUACUUCGUCUUCUGGGGACCCCCAGAGAGGAGGAGGAAGUGAAGGAGAAACUGAGAUGGACAUUGGCGCAGAGUUCAUGGCCGCCGCCGCCGAGGAGGCUGCGGAAGAGGCCGCCACCGCCCAACAACAACAACACCAAACACCAGAGACACAAGAACCGCAACAACCACCAUUCACAUGGAAGCAAACCGCCCAAAAAUGGCAACAAACGCUCUCGGACCCUCAACAAAUCAAGGCUGCCGUCGUCGACCUCUACAGCGACAGGAGGAUAGAUCUCAAGAUGCGGGACGUGUCGCUGCUGGCCCUGGAGAGCGCGGCGACGGGUGCGGCCGUGGUUGCCAGCGUUGCGUUUCUUGUUUUGCGCAGCAGUGGUAGCGGGAAGGCUUGAUUUGAUGUGU